CUCUCCACCUUCCUCCCUGCUCCCUCCUCCCCUCCCUCGCCUCGCCCCGCCCCACCGCGCCAACCAACCCAGCCUGCCUAUAUACCUCGCCCCCGCGCGCCCCCUCCACGCGCACAUCCAUAUGCUUAGCUCCCAGCCCCGCACCCAUGGGCGCCUGCUUCUCCUCCGCCUCCGCUGCCCCCGCCGGCGCCGCCGAGCGCCGCCCCUCCAAGGAGGGCGAGAAGAGGCGCCGCGGCGGCGCGUCUCCCGAAGGCGCGGCAAAGGCGGCGGCCCCCGUGCGGGCAGAGUUCGGCUACGAGAGGGACUUCGAGGCGCGCUACGAGGUCGGCCGCCUGCUCGGCCACGGCCAGUUCGGCUACACCUUCGCCGCCACCGACCGCCAGUCCGGGGACCGCGUCGCCGUCAAGCGCAUCGACAAGGCCAAGAUGACCCGUCCUGUUGCUGUGGAGGAUGUGAAAAGAGAAGUGAAGAUUCUUAAAGCACUUAAAGGACAUGAGAAUAUUGUUCACUUCUAUAAUGCAUUUGAAGAUGAUUCAUACGUGUAUAUUGUCAUGGAACUAUGUGAGGGUGGUGAGCUAUUGGACCGGAUUUUGGCAAAAAAAAAUAGCCGUUACAGUGAGAAAGAUGCUGCAGUGAUAGUGCGCCAAAUGCUUAAAGUAGCUGCUGAGUGUCAUCUGCGUGGGCUAGUUCACCGAGAUAUGAAGCCUGAGAACUUCCUUCUCAAAUCAAAUAAGGAGGACUCACCGCUAAAGGCAACAGAUUUUGGUUUGUCAGACUUCAUAAAACCAGGGAGGAAGUUCCAUGAUAUUGUUGGCAGUGCCUAUUAUGUUGCACCAGAAGUAUUAAAACGACGAUCUGGUCCUGAGUCUGAUGUUUGGAGCAUAGGAGUUAUAACCUACAUUUUGCUCUGUGGGAGGCGACCAUUUUGGGAUAAGACAGAAGAUGGUAUAUUCAAGGAGGCAAUUAUCUAUUUGGUGAGGCUGUCCUUCAGUGAUUUUUGUACUAGGUGCCAGAAUACGACUGUAACAAAUCCUCCGCUUGUAGUUAACUUGAAGUCUGGAGACAACCUGUGGCCUCAGGCAAAAAAUGCAUGGACAUUGGUUCUGAGGAACAAGCCUGAUUUCCGUAAGAGGCCUUGGUCAAGCAUCAGUCCUGGUGCUAAAGAUUUUGUUAAAAGGUUACUAGUCAAGAACCCAAGGGCAAGACUAACAGCUGCUCAAGCUCUCUCGCAUCCAUGGGUUAGAGAAGGAGGAGAAGCAUCUGAGAUCCCUGUCGACAUAUCUGUCUUAUCCAACAUGCGCCAGUUUGUCAAGUACAGCCGCUUUAAGCAGUUUGCACUUAGGGCUUUAGCAAGUACGCUCAAUGAGGAAGAGCUAGCUGAUCUGAAGGAUCAGUUUGAUGCAAUUGAUAUUGAUAAAAAUGGAUCCAUUAGUAUUGAGGAAAUGCGAAAUGCCCUUGCAAAGGAUCUUCCUUGGAGAUUGAAGGGUCCCCGUGUGCUUGAGAUUAUUCAAGCAAUCGACAGCAACACCGAUGGUCUUGUGGACUUCAAAGAGUUCGUUGCAGCAACUCUCCAUAUACAUCAGAUGGCCGAGCUAGACUCUGAAAGGUGGGGCAUUCGAUGCCAAGCUGCUUUCAGCAAAUUUGAUCUGGAUGGUGAUGGAUACAUCACGCCAGAGGAGCUUAGAAUGCACACUGGCUUAAAGGGAUCUAUUGAGCCGCUGCUGGAGGAGGCCGACAUCGAUAAAGAUGGGAGAAUAAGCCUGUCUGAAUUCCGCAAGCUCCUGCGAACUGCGAGCAUGAGCAAUGUUCCCAGCCCAAGGGGGCCUCCACCAAAUCCUCAAGCUCUGUGAACUGCGGCGAGGCCAUUAGAGGAGCAAAUUUAGGAAGAUACCGUACAGUAGUCAAUGUGUUUUUUUAGCGUGCCAUGUGAUGUUUCUGAAUUUAGCAUCCAGGUUAUGUGUGCAGCAGUGAGAUAAAUUUCAAAGUAAAUAUUUAGUUUUUUUCUUUCUGCAGCAGUGAGAUAAAUUUCAAAGUAAAUAUUUAGUUUUUUUCUUUCUUUCAUGGAGAAGUAUGAGAGGUCGAGAUCGAAAUGGCAAAUGAGACUCAGCAUCCUCUUUCUGUACAGUACUAAAUAUGUAUGAUUUGAUUAUACUAUUGGUCUCAAUAAACUCUCCGAAGGUGUGAGGAUAUGCCGGUCCUUUGGCGUUA